ACCUUCUUCUAACAGUCACUGGUCACUCUACGAGGUGUUGCUCGUCAGCCGAUCGUCAUUAUUGGCAUCAGCUGAUCGUCUUCAGUUCACUGGUCGUUCUUCUUCUCAGCUGAUUCUAGGGAGAAGAUGAAACUUCUUGUUGUUGUCGUACUUGUCACCGUCGCUUGCGCGAAUCCCGUUAAGAACUGUAACGACUGCAGCAGCGUGAGGAAAGUGAGGCCUGUGUGCGGUACCGAUCAAAACACAUACCCCAGUCGCUGUCACUUGCAUCGUACUGCUUGCUUGAAUGAGGUAAAGAUCGGAGUCCUACACAAUGGCAACUGCACGGGUCGUACGUGCUCAAAACGAGACUUGGACGAUUUCGGCGAACAUCUGUUGGUCUGGAUCAGAAAUCUGAAAAGCGUCAAAGAUCCUGAACCAGAACAAACGAACACAGCGGCCGCGCCGUCACCGGAGCCGGAACCCGAGCCGUCGCUCAACUCACCUCGCAAAUUGCUGGUGUACUGGUUCUUCGAUCUCGUCGACGUCGUCUACGAUCGUUUCUUGACCCGCAAAGAGUUUUUCGAACUGUUAGACGACGUCACUCAUGUACAUUGUGCGAGGUCGUUCUUUGAUGAUCGUUGCGAUGCUAACGGUGACGACGAAGUUUCUCUUCACGAGUGGUGUGUCUGCCUCGGACUCGACGAUGCCGAAAUCGAACCGUACAACAACGAGUGUGUUAAUCCUGAUCUACAGCAGUUCAACGACCGACUUAUUGACGAGUUUAAGAGCGAGUACGUCAAGGCGAGAGGGAUAGCGCCUACUGCACCGUCCGACUUCGUCAACCCGCAACCGGAGGCAGAACCGCGCAGACUGACGGUCGAGAAAAAGUACAUUUACUGGAAAUUUGACGUGCUCGAUGUCAAUCCCUACAGCCGAUACUUGGAGGCUGACGAACUGAACGGUCUCACUCGUUACCUGCAGCGUCACAUUCGUCCGUAUGGUUGCGCCAACACGUUCAUUCGUCGCUGCGACCAGAACCGAGACUUUAGAAUCAGUCUACACGAAUGGUGUCAAUGUCUUGGAUUAGACAAAGACGGAAAUCCGAUCACAACAGUCGAAACUACGGUACCGGUCAAUACAUCUGCGCCGAAUGUCUGUUUGCUUCAACCAGUAACAGGCAAAUGUCGAGGAGCGUUUCCUCGCUACUAUUACAGCUCUACUAAAGACAAGUGUUUCAUAUUUACGUACGGAGGCUGCGGUGGAAAUGGAAAUAGCUUUGCAACGUCAGGCGACUGUUUAAAAGCUUGUUCACCAAAGAAAGAGUGUUCUGCUGCAUCUUUGAACGACUUUAAUAGCAAGGUGCUCGUGUUUGUUGACAAGAUGAAGCGCACGCUGCCUGAUGAUUUGACCGUGCCUCCAUUCGCUGGCGAUCCUAAACCCGAGCCGGAACAUCAGAUUUUCUCACCUGAGAAACUACUUAUUUACUGGCUUUGGGAUAGACUCGAUGUGAGUCCUCACGAUGACGUUUUGACUGGACAGGAGGUUGAGGCGUACAUCACGAAACUGGCGGCAACCGUUACGUCUCGGGAGUGUGUGACGAGUUACUUCAGUCGAUGUGAUCGAAAUAGUGACAGGAAGAUAUCGCUGGCUGAAUGGUGCUUUUGUCACGGACUUGAUAACCAUUGCCCGGCCGUCCGUAGGGCUGACUUCAACAAAAAGAUUCUCGAGUUCAUUAGAAUUAAGAAGGAUGGCUCGAGUCCUGAUUUGACCGUUCCUCCAUUUCACGGUGAACCGAGACCGGAGCCUGAACAAUUACUGAAAACACCCGAGAAGAGACUGGUCUAUUGGAUGUGGGAUAGACUGGAUGUUUUACCUCACGACGACUUUAUUACGCAAAAGGAGUUUCAGUCGUACGAAACCGAGACUAAGAUAAUUACUCCAUUUGCAUGCAGCAAUUCGUAUUUCUCCUACUGUGAUCGUAACGACGAUUCUAAGAUAUCACUAUCAGAGUGGUGUUUUUGUCACGGCCUGGACAACACUUGUCCCGCUGCUAAUCUACGUCGGUACAACUCCAACAUAUUGGAGUAUAUGAGAUUGAGGAAAGUGAUGUCGGAUGACAGCAUUACUGUACCACCAUUUGUAGGAGAACCCAAACCUGAAGCUGAAGCUCGUUUGACGACUCCAGAGAAACUACUGGUCUACUGGCAAUGGGAUCGCCUCGAUGUCUCACCACAUGAUGAUUACCUUACACGAGCAGAAGUGUCGUCGUACUUGUCCGAUGUUCGUGAUAAAGUAGAGCCAUUUGGCUGCGGUCUCGACUACUACGAUCGGUGCGAUCGCAACUCUGAUGACCGCAUCUCUUUGUCUGAAUGGUGUUUCUGCCAUGGUCUUGACAAUGUUUGCCCAGCUAAAAACCGCCGUUAUUUCAAUGCCAAUAUUUUGGACUAUAUUAGAAUAACAAAACAGAAUCAAACAAGUGACUUGACAGUACCGCCAUUUGAAGGAGAGCCAAAGCCGGAGUCUGAGUCACGUUUGACAUCUCCAGAGAAGCUAUUGGUUUAUUGGCAGUGGGAUCGUAUGGAUGUUGCUCCUCACGAUGAUUACCUCACUAGAGCAGAAACUGCGGCCUUCAUGACAAAAGUCAAAACUAGAGUUGAGCCUUUUGGCUGUAGUCUCAAUUACUUUACUUACUGUGAUCGCAAUUCUGACGACAGAAUUUCUUUGUCAGAGUGGUGCUUUUGCCACGGGCUCGACAACACUUGUCCAGCUGGUAAUAGGCGUAGAUUUAAUAGCAAUAUUCUUGAGUACAUGAAAUUGCAGAAGGAAGGAUCGAACGUGCCAAUGACGGUACCACCGUUUGAAGGAGAACCGGAACCGGAAUCUGAACCGAGCAUAAAGACGCCGCUAAAGGCAUUGGUGUAUUGGCAAUGGGAUCGGUUGGACAUUUCACCACACGACGACUACUUGACAAAAUCGGAAGUCAAAACGUACAUGAAAGACGUGAGAUUGACGGUAGAGCCAUUUGGUUGUGGCCUGGACUACUUCAAAUAUUGUGAUCGCAAUUCAGACGACAAAAUAUCAUUAUCCGAGUGGUGCUAUUGUCACGGAUUAGACAACAAAUGCCCAGUCGACAACAGGCGCCGUUUCAAUCUUAACGUGUUAGAUUACAUAAAAGCAAAGAAAACUAGCUAUAGAGGGACUUUCAUUGUGCCCCCAUUCGAAGGCGAACCGGAGCCCGAGUCUGAGCCUCAGAUCAACACACCCGAAAAGCUACUGGUUUAUUGGCAAUGGGAUUUGAUUGAUGUCGGACCUCAUGAUGAUUAUAUCACUUGGCAAGAAAUUCGAGAAUACCUUAACGACGUACGUCGAACCGUGGAACCGUUUGGCUGCGGUAUCAGUUACUGGCGUCAUCUCGAUCUCAACCACGAUGGACGGAUUUCACUGAAAGAGUGGUGCUACGGUCACGGUCUAGAUCCAAACAUGACGCUGCCAACUAAGGGCAAAUUUCCGGGCUCUCAUUCCGUGAAAAACAAAACGUAUUUAUGGUAUGGCGACAAAGAGUGUGAUAGUGCGACACGGGAAUAUUUCAACAAUAAUUUGUUGGCUAAGAUUGCGUUGAAAUAUUUCUUGAAUCAUCACGACGACGAGUGUAAGGUACCACGUCCUGAACCAGAAGGCGCUACGCCAGAACCGGAGGCCGAGCCAACCAUCCGCAAGCCUGAAAAGAGACUAGUUUACUGGCAAUGGGAUGAACUGGACGUCAAUCCUCACGACGACUACUUGGAUCACGUGGAAGUCGACAAGUACAUAAAAACGGUGGCCGCUAAAGUGUGUCCGUAUUCAUGCGGUUACAACAUGUUUGGCUACUGUGAUACAAACGACGACGAUCGCAUCAGUCGUCACGAGUGGUGCUCUUGCUUGGGACAAGACAACGAACCCGAUCCACUUGAGUGAGGAACGUGGACGGAGGACACUUGAACUCGCACUUGUUUGCACAAGGAUUUUGCUCUAAUUAGACAGCAAAGAACAGUACGCACAGUUUGCGUACAUUUCGGGCACGCACGGACACGUGUGCACUUCCACGGACACGUGUGCAUACGUAAUUAUAGUUAUCUAGAUAAAGAGAAGUCAUCAUGACACACACACAGCAGAUGCUGAGUCUGUGUGCAGCGACCAAGCGAUGAAUACAGCUGCUGCAUGAUAGCGGUGGAUCUUGUUAGCUACAAAGGAAGCU